CGUCGUCGUUCGAGGUUCAGUUCAGUCUACGCUCAAACGUCGACGCGAAAGGCACAGAGCGGCGGCGACGCGAUCAGAUCGAAUCCCGCGAAACUCCGUGAAAAUACGUGAAAGAUAUUUUAUAUGACGGUCGACUACGCCGUCUCGAGCAGUUUGUCGUGCGCCGGCGGCCUGGUGAAGCGCGCCGUUCGAAAGUGCGUCUCAGCGAUGCGACAGAAAAUUACUCUGAACAAAAAGAUGCUGUCGGUGGUAAGCGCCGGCGCCGCGGCGGGUGUAGGCGGCAUGGACCGUCUGCGCAGCCGAGGAACUAGGGAAUUAGCAGCCGCCAGGGACCGGCAAGUUCGCAUGCACUCAGUGCGAACAGAUCUGGCCAUCAACCUUCCCCCCAGGAUAUCAAUGCCCGACGGUGAAGAACAUCCGUACCACUCCAGGCUCCACAUCAGAGACCCAGAACAGGAGUCCGAAAUUUAUCAAAAAUGUAUAAAACCACCACCAAAUCGUACAGUAUUGGAAUCAGAAUCACCGCCACCAUACAGAUCGAGUUCGGUGGGUCUCCUAGGGUCCAUAAGCGGAAGUAGUUCGAGUAGCGGCGAUUGGUCAUCAUCUUCCUCAUCAUCAACGGGUGUCGGAAGUGGUUGCGGAGGAGGACUAAAUAACGCACCGUUAGUGGUACGAUGCCAUUCGAUGUCUUCAUCAUCAACAGGAAGUUCGUCGAAACGAGGCGUCGAAACAAGUUCUUCGGCGACAUCGUCGGCGAACCAUCAAAAGACUGACUUCCUGCAACGAACCGUUAAACGGUUCACAGGGGGCAAAAAGACUAAUACUACUUCUACGGUCAGCGGUGGUGUUGCUGUCGCGCAUCAGCAACAACACGUGAAUGUACCGGUGGUGAUAGUUCCGAUGAGACGAAACGAUCACAAUUUUACAUCUAGUAAUUCAACUAUUUCGCCGAGUAGUUCUUUAAUAACGACUACAACGACAGCGGCGACGACGACUUCUACGAUAAACUUCUCAUCGAACCGUCCGAAACCUAGUGUCUGACCAAUCGUUGCAACCGUUAUUAGGUGAUCGUGAAAAAAAAUGUUUUUAAAGAUAUAAGAAACGAGAAAUGUUAAAGAAAUGGUAUUGAUGGUGUGUUAGUUGAAGGAUAAAAAAAAUUAAUCGAAAGAUUAAUUUUUUAGAAUUGAUAUGAAUCACGAAUGAUAACAAAGAAUCUUUUGUAAUCGUGAUACAUAUUAAUUUUUUGAUUUUUUAAUUACUACUUUAAAUUAAAUUAUUUAUUUUGUAUUACUAUUUAAAUUGACCAAUUUUAGAUGAUAUGAAUUUUUGAUAAAAGUGCUUAGCUUGAAGAAAUAAAGUGUUAAAGGGUUCUUUAGAUAAUAAAAAAACUUAAUGCUUCCAUUAAUUUAUAAAUAAAUAUUAUUAAUAGAUCAAUUUAAUGGGAUGCUGAAAAUGUGGUGUAAUAGUGAAAUGUAAUGUUAAUCAUUUAAUAAAUAAUUCAAUACGCAAGAUGUUUCAUUCAGUUUCAGUACUUUUGAAACAUCGUGUGUUAAUAAGAUCAUGUUAAUUCUUUUAAAAAUAAAACUUUAUUUCUGUUUUUUAAGAAUUCUUAGAUAAAAUCUUAAUGAUGACUUUACUCUAUGUUUAUGGCGAAGUUUCCUAGAAGGAUUUGUUAAAAAAAGAAAGAAACCUAUUGGUUUCUUAGAUAAAUAUGUGUUAUUAACCUAGUUAAUUAAUUGACCUAGAUAAAUAACACAAAAGCGAUAAUCAUAUUGUCUAAAAUUGGAACAAAAAUUAUUUUUAUUAAUCCUAGUGAAAAAAGAACAAAGAAACUCACCUAAUCCUUUUGUGAUACUCAAAAUUAUAACUUUAGUGAAUUAAAUUAAAUUUUAAAAAAUAUUUAAGAAAAAGUAGUAAUUAAAAAAAUAAUAAAACAAGAAAUUAAUUAAAAAGCAACCUAUUUAAACUAAGAAAUUGAAUCGACGACGAGUAUAUUCCAUAACUGUAACUCAUAUUAUUUAAUGAAUUUAAUUAUUAAUUAAUUAUAUGUUUAUAUGUUUUAUCUUGUAUCAACGAAAAAGAAAUGAUUACGAACGUUUUAGCAAUCGGCUUCGAAUGGCACGAUAAAGAAUGAGAAGUGAAUUAAAAAUAAUUAAUUAAAAAAAUACAACCGGGGACGUUCAGUGUGUGCAUGUGUGUUGUAAAACGUUAAAGAAAAAAAACGAAACACUCCCGCGCGAGAGAGGCAGUCAUCCCUCUUCGAGACAUUAUCGAGAAAA